AUGUCCAGAAUUUCCCAACCCUUACAAUGCAGUUCGCAAUUAGAAGCUCUGGGAGAUAAAUUCAUCUGGUACGCACCACACAGUGGGUUCAGCAAUCAGUUAUCAGAGUUCAAGAACGCUAUUUUAAUGGCUGCCAUACUGAAUCGAACCCUAGUUAUCCCUCCUGUUCUGGAUCACCAUGCAGUUGCCCUCGGUAGUUGUCCAAAAUUUAGGGUUUUGAGCCCCAAAGACCUGAGGCUUUCGGUCCUUGGAAAAGCUGCUAAAUUUGCCCAAAUUAGGUAUAUAUCCAUGGCUGACAUAGUUGAUCUUUCAGAAUUGGUGUCUACUUCAGCAAUUAGGGUCAUAGAUUUUAGAGUUUUUGUAUCUAUGUGGUGUGGCAUGGAGAUAGACUGUGCUUACUCCGAAGACUCAGAAAAAGAAUUGUCUAUGUUUGAGAAUUUAAGACAAUGUGGAUCUCUGCUAUCUGGGAAUAAUGGUAACUGGAAUAAAUGUUUGUAUUCUGUAGAUGAAGAUUGCAGAACAACAGUGUGGACAUACCAAAAGAAUGAAGAUGGGGUAUUGGAUUCAUUCCAACCUGAUGAGCAACUCAAGAACAAGAAAAAUCUAUCAUUUGUUAGGAGACGUCAAGACAUAUAUAAAUCUCUGGGACCUGGUUCUGGAGCUGAAUCAGCCACUGUUCUGGCAUUUGGAAGCCUUUUCACAGCCCCAUAUAAGGGCUCUGAGUCGUACAUUGAUAUCCAUGAUGCACCAAGGGAUCCACACAUAGAAUAUUUAUUUAAGAAGAUUGAAUUUCUGCCAUUCGUCCCUGAAAUCAUGAGUGCAGGGAAGGAGUUUGCUCUUGAGACAGUUAAGGCUCCUUUUCUUUGUGCACAGCUUAGACUUUUGGAUGGGCAGUUCAAGAACCACUGGGAGGCUACGUUUCUGAGGUUAAAACAACAGUUAGAAUCUUUGAAACAAACUGGUCUGCAUCCAGUUCAUAUAUUUGUCAUGACUGAUCUUCCUAUAGGUAACUGGACUAGAAGUUACUUGGGAAAUUUAGUAAGAGAUUCAAAUGCUUUUAAGCUUUUUGUUCUGAGAGAAGAAGAUGAAUUGGUGAAAAGAACAGCGAAAAAACUUGUGGCUGCUGGAUAUGGCUUGAAAUUUGGGUUUGUUCCUGAGGGAUUUGAUGGGAUUGGGAAGCACUGCCAUCCUCCGUUAUUACCUGAUAUACUUCUGUAUAUAGAAGAAGCUGUUUGCAGCUGUGCUUCACUUGGUUUUGUAGGGACUGCUGGGUCAACCAUUGCUGAAAGUAUAGAGCUGAUGAGGAAAAAUGCUGCAUGUUUGUUUAAGAGCGCCCUGGCUGCAGAAAAGACACCAGCGGUUUAG